UGAGCUGAAAGGAAUGAGAUGGGAGAGAGAGAGAGCAGAAAUGAAAUAGAAAGGGAAUAGAGCCUUUUGGUUUUUAUAGGGUUUGACGCGCACCUUUGACCGUUGUCAUCCUACGUCGCACGGCAUGAGCACGUCACCCCAUGUGUCUCUUCUGCUAUCAUUCCGAUCAGGUUGCGAGCAUCCCCUUUUGAUGAGGAUCGCGGGUUAUUUGAGCCGCAGAGUGUGUCAAAGGUCCAAGAGCAUCAAGCCCACGGUUCCUUAAGGUGCGACUCAUGCUCUCAAUUUGACGAGCCUCUCACUCUCAAUCCUCCAUACCUCAAUCAACCCAUCUUCCCAUUUGGAACCAUGAUGCCAUAUUUACUGUUAUGACACCAUGAUUACCCGAGUUCCUUAACAGCGCGCGCACGUGGGUGACCCGCAGACCAUAAUGUCCCUUUUGGGUUCCAUCUUUUCAAGAUUAGAAGCAACGUCGUGACAAGCUACUUUCCAUCUUGACUCUUGAGGAGCGGAACUAGAAAGGCCUCUCCUGAUCCAUGCUGCAGGAGGUAACACUAGGUCACGAGCUAUAGCAUAGGUGAUUUGCCUUGAGUGCCAUUCAACCUAUAUGGUUGAUCAGCCUAUAACUGGAUAUGGAGUCGCUAAAGUUUUGGAUUCUGGCCACCCGAACUUCAAGAAAGGUGACUUGAUUUGGGGAAAAACUGGAUGGGAAGAGUAUAGUCUCAUUACAUCUAACGAUAUUCUGUUUAAAAUUCAACAUACAGAGGUGCCUCUUUCCUACUACACUGGAAUCCUUGGUAUGCCUGGUAUGACUGCUUAUGCUGGUUUUUAUGAAGUGUGUUCCCCUAAAAAAGGAGAGUACGUCUUCAUUUCAGCUGCAUCUGGAGCAGUUGGUCAGCUUGUUGGGCAGUUUGCUAAGUUGUUAGGCUGCUAUGUUGUUGGAAGUGCUGGAACUAAAGAAAAGGUUGAUCUGUUGAAGAACAAAUUUGGAUUUGAUGAGGCUUUCAACUACAAAGAAGAGCAAAACCUUGAUGUGACUUUGAAAAGAUACUUCCCUGAUGGCAUCGAUAUAUACUUUGAGAAUGUUGGGGGAAAUAUGCUUGAUGCAGUACUCCUCAACAUGAGACUCCAUGGUCGCAUUGCUGUGUGUGGAAUGAUCUCACAGUACAGCCUUGAGCAACCUGAAGGCGUACACAACUUGUCCUGUCUCAUCACAAAACGACUCCGUAUGGAAGGAUUCCUGGUUAUUGAAUACUACCACCUCUAUCCAAAGUUUCUGGACAUGGUUCUAUCUUCCAUAAAAGAAGGAAGGAUUGUAUACGUGGAAGACAUAGCUGAAGGACUAGAGAGUGCUCCAGCAGCUCUUGUUGGGCUCUUCUCUGGCCACAAUGUUGGUAAACAGGUGGUAGUUGUUGCUCGGGAAUGAUGAACGUUAUGUUAUUUACUUCUUUCAUGGUACUCUUUUGCCAUAGAAGGCGAGCAAAUUUAAAGAUAAGCUCGACGGCUAAUCAAUAAAAGUUUUGAAGGGGGAAUCUUAUAUUUCAAUGAAUAUGCACUUGUUUUGUAAUAUUUACAUGCACUUUUUUUGUCCUUAA